AUGGGGCUGGCGAGGAGCUUCGUGAUCCCCAUCGCUCUCUCCGUCACUCUCCUCGUCACGCAGCUCAAGUCUCGGGCGCUGGAGCUCACGGAGGGCAACCGCCUGCAGUACUACAAGGUCAUCGAGUUUGAGCUCGGGCGCUUUGAGUCCGUCCUGCGGGAUCUGCUCCCGGUGGAGCAGGAAGACUUCUGUAAGACGAGGUUGAGGAGCCGCCGCGCCGUUGUCCUCCAGCUCGACGUCUGCAACUUCACGCAGCUCUCAGCCGCCAUGGCGCCGCUCGCGCUCGCGCGCGCCAUGCACAAGCUGUUCUCCUCCUUCGACCAGAUGGUCCUCGACCGUAGCCUCUUCAAGGUCGACACCAUCGGGGAUGCCUACGUCGUAGUCGGGUGGCUGCCAGAGGAGAGGGGGGAGGGUGAGAAGCUUCGGUCCCUUGAGGUCUGCCGCUCGGUGCUGUCGCUGGCUCGGCUCAUGGUGGAGGAGGUGCAAGCUUGCGGUAUGUGCUGCAGGGUCGGCGUGUCGGUCGGGUCUGUGGCAGCGGGGGUGAGGGGGAGGAUGCAGUCGAGGUUCCAUGUGGAGGGACCGGCAAUGCAGGAGGCGGAGCUGCUGGAGCGACGAUGCGCGCAGAAUGCCGUGCAUGUGAGCUGGAAGUUGGGGGAGAUGAUGGGGAGGAAGAGGAGGGAGGGAGAAGGAGCCCUUGGUUGCUUCCUGUAA